AUGGAGGAGCUUUUUGCGCCUCUUGACAUCGACGACGAGGACGCCGCGGACAUCAAUGUCCAAGGCAACAGCCUUACACCUCUUUCAUCACCCCCUGCAUAUGGUGAAACAAUCCUCCAUUUUGGCGAAAUUGACCUGCCCUUCGUUCCCAUCGUUGUGGUGGCAACAUGCAUUCUUUGUCUCGGAACACAAAUCUGUUGCUUGUGCAGCAAAGUCUCAACGUGGGCCUUUCAUUGCUGCUUCCUGACAUGCCACACACCGCCAGGUGACCCUUUUCAUGGUUCCUACAACCUUGCCUAUGUCAUUGAGUUCAAUGAGAACAUCGAGAGGGUCGCCAGAGUCCCGAUUCAAGGUACAGGAGUCCGAGAGGCGGACAUUGACAAAUUGAACACGGACUAUACUUCUUUGAGAUAUAUUCGAAGCACUUUGGACAUGCCGGUUCCUGAGCUCUUUUGGUUCGAAACGUCCUGCGACAGAGUUGGGGUACCGUUUGCUCUCAUGUCUUUUGUUAGUGGUGAAUCUGUCUGCCUCCUAUGGCACGACAAGGAGUGGAUCACCGAAGAAAAGCGGCUGAAGAUCCUCACCAACUUAGUACAUGUCAUGGUAAAACUCGAUAAGAAGACCGUGUCUCACAUUGGCCCGUUACACACUGUGAUCGAGGCCGACGAAGAAUACAUCGAGCACGGCCUCACACAUGUGGAUAAGUGUGGUCCCUUCAACACAUUGGACGAAUGGCUAGGCCACAAUCCGGAUACUUUCGAGGGUGUUCCUGAGACCGCGCUCUCGGCUAAAAGAUGUCUUGAGGCAGACCGCUUUCAGAUCGAUUUCUGGGACUACAACUAUCAGAAUAUAUUCAUCGGUGACGACUGCAAUAUCACGGGUAUACUAGAUUGGGAUGGUAUUCGAGCCGUGCCGCAAGGGAUGGGCUGCACCCGCUAUCCAUCGUGCAUCACAAGGGAUUGGGAUCCAGGGAGCUAUGAGCCAGCUUUGGAUGGGAACUGGGAAGAUUCGAUGGAAGAUCCACCUGAAGUAUUGUCGAGGUAUCGGAAGCAUUAUGCUGACACAUUUGCUGGACUGGGCCUCCAAUAUUACGGCCCUCGUGAAACAAAGCUCUCGCACAUUUUGGAAGCCAUCAACAUCGCCACUGGCGAUCAAUUUGCACGGCAAUACAUUAUGAUCGUCCUUCUCAAUCACGCCUAUGGAUGUUCAGAUCCGCCAGGGAAUCUUCCAAAGAUUGGCCUUCGGAAUAUCGACCGAUCACCAGAACCUUGA